AUGGAGCCCCAAAUAACAUCAAAUACGUUCUGCUCGUAUACCGCGUCCCACGCGGACGCAUCCACAACGGUCUUCUUCAUAUCCGGGAACCCCGGCUUAAUUGGGUACUACCACCCAUUCCUGUCUUUGCUGGGAGAAUAUCUAGCGAAUGGAUCCUCACAAGAUCAGUCAAGCAAGAAAGACUCGUCUAUUCAGAUCUAUGGAUGCAGUCUUGGUGGAUUUGAGGUUGCUUGUGACGCGACGCCGUCAACCAAGGACUCUCGAGGUGGGAGGGCCAGGUUAUAUGAUCUGGAAGAUCAAAUUGUAUUUGUUCAUGAUAAGCUGAAUGCUCUCAUGAGUCGGAAUGUCGCUACCAUGGAUGAUGCAUCAGAGUCUUCAGCGAAGCGGAAGGUCAUUCUUAUGGGCCAUUCCGUGGGCGCGUACAUCGCGAUGGAAGUUCUGCGGCGACACAGAGAAGCAAUUCCCGAGUCUAGACCUGAAAACAAAUAUACCGUGGACUUUGACAUUAUCGGUGGCGUGAUGCUGUUCCCAACGGUGAAAGAUAUUGCGCAUUCGCCGUCGGGACAGAAAUUGACGACUAUGUUAUCAUUUUUGCCACAUCUCGCGUUGGUCGUGGGCUUCCUCGCUCGCAUACUCACCACCAUCCUCCCAGCCACAGCAUUAAGAUCUCUGGUCAAACUAGUUAUGCAUAACCCGCCAACGCACGCCCUCGAUACUACGACUGCGUUCUUGAAGAGUCGCGGUGGUCUACAGCAAGCCUUACACAUGGCCGCGGAUGAAAUGCGAACAAUCACAUCCGACAAAUGGACGGAUGAUGUCUGGGGUGUUGCGCAUGCAAGGGAACCGCUUACGAGGUUGUUUUUCUACUUUGGUCGGAACGAUCAUUGGGUUGCGGAGAAGACGAGGGAUGAGAUUGUUGCGGUGAGGGGGUGUAAGGAUCGAGAUCAAGAUCAGGAUCGGGAUGGGGAUGGAGAGGGUAAUAGCGGGUUGGGGCCGAAGAUGUUUGUUUGUGAAGAGGGAUUGCCGCACGCAUUUUGUUUGAAGCACAGUGAUGUUAUGGCGAGGAAGGUUGCGGAUAUGAUUCGGGAUAUUGAAAAGGUUUGA